AAACCAGAGAUCCCAGGAAACCGAGUAGAGGAUGUGUCCAGGCAUGUUCCCAUCGUCCCUGUAAAUGAUUAUCAGGAAGUGGAAUUAUAGCUCAGAGAGAAUGUCUCCUCCAACCAACUGUGAACUUCACCCCACUGUUCAUGACCACUCAGGACUAUACUCUCUACUUUAAACCCGCUGCUCUACUUUGGUGCACUUAAACUACCUUCUCUUAUGUAAAGGGUUAUCUUUUUGCUCAGUUUGGCAGUUUCCACCACCUUACUUUGGGGCAGCUGCUCUAGGCUCGGAUGUGUGCGUGUAUGUUUGUCUUAACUGUUUGUACUACCGACUCUGGCGUCGUGUGUCUCUGUGCACAAUGAGGAAGCCCUUGUGAUGUUAUUUAUGGGGAAAAGCCUAAGAAGAGAAAGUGUGUGAGCAGAAGCCAUUAACCCUCAUGUUUAGCCUUGUUGCAUACAGCUGCAGUGCCUCUUUAAUGUCUCUCCUACCACUAAAAACAUGGUUAUAUCAUGCAAAGACAUAAUGGAGAACUGAUUGACAUCACGCUUUGUUGACACAACAGUAACCAUCUCACUGUGCUCUUUCGUUCUAUUAUUUGUUUACUGUUAUGGUCCCUUCUCUGACAUAUGAUUGCUUUGUUAUGACAUGCUCUACCGUACGGUGAUUUUUCAAGCGGCUGGCAAAGUGUCAUAACUGCUUCUCAUGUGUCAAAGAUGUGUUGGGUCUUUACCGUCAGAUAGUAGGAUGCAUGUCUGGGGCAAGAUGGAGGGGGGAAAUGUUCUGUCCCAAUGCUUGCUUUAAAGAGAGUGGUCAUGCUUUUAAUGAAAUGAUUGCAGGUUGAUUUAGGGCCCUAUUCAAUCCAUAUAGCAGAGGUCCAGCACUAAAGCCCAAUUGAAAUUUAAAGGCAAUGUUCCCGCGUUCAGGGUAAACGCUGCAUACAUCGAUUCAAGCAGAAAUUACCUUUACAUUCCUAUCGCGCAAUCUGUCAUGCUUCAGCCAUACAGAUUGAAAAGAGCCCUUAAUCUGUUUGUUUGUUUUUUUUGCAGGUUUUCCCCCCAAGAUUCAAUAAGGUUUGAUUUCAAGUCUUUGUCUAGUGGUGUGGAGGCCAAGAUGUCAUCGACGAUGCCAAGCUCUAACAACAUAGCCCAAGCCAGGAGGACAGUACAACAGCUGAUGAUAGAGGCCAGUAUUGAGAGGAUAAAGGUAUCCAAGGCCUCGGCGGACCUCAUGCACUACUGUGGCGAACACGCCAAGUACGACCCUCUGCUCAUGGGCAUCCCUGCCUCAGAGAACCCCUUCAAGGACAAAAAGCCCUGCGCUAUAUUGUAGUGAAGGCCUUUUUAUUUAUCUGUUUGCUUCUUAAUGUUGCCUGUAUUUUAUUAUCCGGGGAGAAUUGUGAUCUAAACCACUACUCAUCCAUCAACCUUGCCUUAAAGCCUGUAACGUUACCCUUUAAUGAAAAUGCUGUAUUUUAUCACUCAAUUUGAACUUGCCAUAGUUACAUACAUAACAUACAGUAAACGGUUAGAAUAUACACUACCAUUCAAAAGUUUGGGGUCACUUAGAAAUGGUCCA